GUUUGCAAACUUUUUGAAGUGAGUCCUUUCUGCUCUUCUCUUAAGUCCUCCAGGUUCUAGCUCAGGGCCCCAGCUAUACAGGAGAGCCACAGUGUGAUUGGGUGUGUCGAUUGGGUUCAAGCGCGCACUCAGGAGAAGGUGAGAGCAGCUGAAAAGUUGGAGCCCAAUCAGCGCGGAGUUGAGCGCUCAUGCCCCAACCUUCAGGUGACCCCGCGCGGCGGCGGCGGCAGCAGUAGGCAGAGGCAGUGGCGGCUGCAGCGACCAGAGCCCGCAGCGGCACCGAGCGCCUCCGGGAGGACAGGCGGCGAGCUCAGAGGAUCGUCAUCCGCUAGCAGUCCGCUAGCUUCAGCGGCCGGGGUCUGGCUUGGAAGAAGCGAGCGAGCCGGGACGCUGCUUCCUCGGCUCGGUGCCUGGCAACACUGUUGCAGGCUGGGCUCGGGGCAGCCCCCAGAGUGCCGGCCAGCGCCACCGCCUUUGAACGCUGGGGGUGUGCGUGGCAGCGGCCGCGGUGGCGGCAGCGGCGGCGGCGGUGACCGGAGCGGCGAGUCGGUGCCGCCCCGGCUGCGCUUCGCCCCGGCAGCUUUGGCGGCGAGGGCUCCCGUGGCUCAGGAUGCGACCGGGGGGCACGCUGUUCGCCUUGGUAAGCAGCUUGAUGCUGCUGCUCCUCCUGCGUCUGCUCUGGUGCCCGGAGGACGUACCCGCUCGCUCCAGGCUGUCGGUGGAGGAAAGCAGAGAGGACACCAGUGGUACCUCGGCUGCACUGAGGACUCUCUGGAACCUGACGACCCCAGUACCACGCUCCAGGAACAGCACAUAUCUGGAUGAGAAGACACCCCAAAUGACAGAGAAAUGCAAAGACUUGCAAUAUAGCUUGAACUUGUUAUCUAACAAAACGAGACGGUACUCAGAGGAUGACUACCUCCAGAUCAUCACAAACAUACAGAGAUGCCCAUGGAAGCGGCAAGCAGAAGAAUAUGACAAUUUUAGAGCAAAACUGGCUUCCUGUUGCGAUGCCGUUCAAGACUUUGUGGUUUCCCAGAACAACACUCCAGUGGGGACUAACAUGAGCUAUGAGGUGGAAAGCAAGAAACAAAUCCACAUUCGAGAGAACAUUUUCCACAUGUUUCCAGUGUCACAACCUUUUGUGGAUUAUCCCUAUAACCAGUGUGCAGUGGUUGGCAAUGGGGGAAUUCUGAACAAGUCCCUCUGUGGAGCAGAAAUUGAUAAAUCUGACUUCGUCUUCAGGUGUAACCUCCCCCCAAUCACAGGGAGCGCUAGUAAAGAUGUUGGAAGCAAAACGAAUCUUGUGACUGUCAAUCCCAGCAUCAUAACCCUGAAAUACAGGAAUUUAAAGGAGGAGAAAGCAAGAUUUCUGGAAGAUAUUUCCACCUAUGGAGAUGCAUUUCUUCUUUUGCCAGCCUUUUCCUUUCGGGCCAACACUGGCAUCUCUCUUAAAGUCUACCAAACACUCAAAGAAUCUAAUAUGAGGCAAAAGGUUCUCUUCUUCCAUCCCAGGUACCUGAGACACCUCGCUCUUUUCUGGAGAACUAAAGGGGUGACUGCAUUCCGCUUAUCCACGGGCUUGAUGAUCGCAAGCAUUGCAGUGGAACUGUGUGAAAAUGUGAAGCUCUAUGGAUUCUGGCCUUUCUCUAAGACUGUGGAAGAAACGCCUCUCAGUCACCACUACUAUGACAACAAGUUACCCAAGCACGGCUUCCACCAGAUGCCUAAAGAGUACAGUCAAAUGCUCCAGCUCCAUAUGAGAGGCAUCCUCAAACUGCAAUUCAGCAAAUGUGAAACGGCUUAACACUUCUUAGAACGCGAAUGAUUUCAGUAGGUGGAGUGCAUCGCGCGGCAUCUCCAAACACGAUGGAAGAAGGCACAAGAGCAUGGAGGAUUACAAAAGAGCUCCCCAACUUGGCUAGACCAAAGCCCCCCCACUAACUUUACCGUCCCCACACGUCACUCAUUCUCACCUUCAUUGUUCUUUCUCUGAGAUAUCAGACUCCAACAAGUAAAAUGAAAUAAUUUUUCAAAUUGGUAUAGAAUUUGAUUUGAGGCAGGGACUCAUGGAAGGCUUCCUUGUUCCUAUCUGUGAUAGCCAUUCCCACCUCCAUCAGAGUGGUGAUGAAACUGUGCAAUUGUGCCAAAGACCCUUUCUGAAGACAAUGUCUGACUCAUGCACCUAGUUCUUACUCAUAGACCUUCUCUUAUGAAUAAAUCCUUCCCAUUAUCCUCUCCCUCCUAAAAACGUACAGAAACAAAAUACCCUUGAUGAUUCAGGAAGACAAAUCUUUUUUACUUAGCAAUGUGCCUGCUUCUGAUUCAGUUCACUCGUGAUGUUAACCACGUUGAGGCGUUGGUUGGAUUUGGGGCAUUUCUUCAUCUCUUUUGUCUAUAGUUUCCUUGUCUUUAUCAGUUUGUACUCAAGCUUCCUGCUUUGGGGUUCUGUUUUUCUCCCUCCCACUGGUAGGAUCCACUCAAUGACAUAAAGUAGUUUCAGUAUCUUCUAACAUGUUAUCUCAUCCACAAAGUUACUUGUCUGAUUUUUUUUAAAAAAAGUGAACAUCUAUUUGAUACCAGACCCUGAGGACCAUCCUCUGUUGGAGGAUAUGAAGAUAUUGUCACUGGCAGGAAAGCCCGUGUGUACUAUUAAUUGAUAAGAUACCACAAGCAUCAUCACGGCAGUUAUAAACACAGUGCUGAAAGAAUCAUAGACAGGGAUGGUUAAAUCUGAUUCCAGUAGAAUUGACUUCAAUGUAUCCAUUUCAAGGAAGAGUUGAUUUCACAAUUAAAACUAGCUCUUAGCAAAUUAAGUGGAUUAUGAGUAAAAGAAUGGAACAGGAAGAGAAAGCUGUCCCCUUGAUUGUGAUUAUUCAAUUGCGUAUCCUGGAAGUAGAUUGUGAGGUUGCCCUGAAAACUCUGUGUUGAGAGAGAGUGCAGUGCAUGGUCAUGGCAGCUUUUCCCACGGUGGUGAAGAAGUGUGAGUAAUUCACAGGCAACCACCUCACAAGGAAGGAUUAGGACGGAAACACCUAACACAUUCCCCCAGGGACAGAUGAGAGUUUUCAUGAGAAAUUACACUCAUAAGCUAAGCAUCAGUUUUGAGUAAAACUUGAGUAGAUGUUAAAUAUGAGCAUUUUACACCCUUACUCGUGUCCCGGUGAUACCCUUUAAUGUGAGCACGUUUAUUAAGUUAUUUUAUUUACUACAUAUUUAUGUGUGUAUAUUCCUGUUCAUCCACGGAUGUUCCCAAGAAACAGGAAUAUAGGAGGUGAGGUCCAUAUGCCAAGAAAAAUAUAAAUUUCACUCUUUAAAUCUUAGUUGAGCCAGCUUGUUGUUUACCAAAUGCUUUCUUGAAGAGACAGUACCCUGUGAAUUCUUCACUCUGAUACAGUGUCACCUUGUAUUUGACAUUUGUAAUGUUGUUUCAAAUUUGCAUCUUGUUCAUUCUUUUAUAGCAAAUCAAACUUAUUAGCUUUAGGAAUAUAUCAGAUAUUCAUAUAUAAAUAUUUUUGCAAAGGGUAAAAGGCUUUUCUGUUAAAUAAAAUCAAAUUUAUUUAUUAUC